AUCAUCCAAUAUUGGCUAUAAUUUAAAAUGACAGAAUGUUCAGAAUAAAAGCUAAUUUUAAACAUUACACUGAUUCUAUUCAUAUAACGUUAGAACUUUAAAAGGAGACUGAACUGCGAUUUUGACAGAAGAACGCAUGGCAACUAGUAAACUAAACCGGUCACAAAACAGUCAAAGGGACAUUAAUAGAAUUACAUUAACGAAAAAAGGAGAAAUACUCUUGUUGUCCCUGGAGUGGAUUAUGAUGUGAUGAUAAUACUUUUUAAAAAGCGUUGAAAACAUCGUAUUUUUUUCUCUCCAGAAUUCAUAUCUACGAAGUUAAGUUAAACGAUUAAGUUAAGCGAUUGAAGACUCGAGUGAUUUCCAGUAUUGUACGUCUUGAUGCCGAAAUGCCUAGAGUGACGGUUUACCCGUUUGAUCAUAUAGCAUUUGCGCCUUUCACGGAACGCUUUUUCUUCAUGUUAAAAGAGAUGGAUCCUCGGAUUACUUCAGAAGUUCUUGCUAUUGUUUCAUAUUUAAUGCGGCAGCAAGUCCCGAAGGAAUUACCGGUAAUUUUACUUAAGAUGCGCAUGUAUGCCUAUGAAGUCAUAGAAAAUUUAAAAGUUGAUAUUUAUAUGCGAAACAAAACUAGGAAAACAGCAUUAAUGUCACAAAUUUUGGAUAAAAGGAAUAAAAGAAAAUUAGAAAUUCUUUUUGUAAACGGAGCGGAUAUGAACGCACAAGACAUUCAUGGGAACACCGUGCUACACUAUGCUGCAUGGAUUGACUGCGACAUUGACAUUGUCAAACUACUGAAAGAAUAUGGUGCAGGCCCAGUUCAAGACAAACUAGGUCAAUUUCCGUGCCAAAUAGCCCAGAAACGUGGGCAUGCAUUAUUAGCACAAGAACUUUGUCCCUGUCAUAAUAAAGAGCAUUUGAAAGAAGUAACAUUCCAUAAUGAGUGUGUAUAUUUUUGUACAGAAGGCCUCACUUGUCUUCCAGAUAGUAACAGUAUUCAGAAAAGAUUGAAGUAUUUUCAGCGCGAUUCAAUUUCAGAUUUACUCACUGUCACUGGUAUUGGAAAAGUUAUAUUUGACGGGGAAGCGGGUGAAAUAAAGUCUGCGAUAAAUGAAAUUGUCACAAACAUUUGUGAGGAUAUUGGUCAUACGGACCGGAUGUUCUACAAUGAAGUGUUUCCAUCAGGUAGUGUGAGUGAGGAAACUAAAGUUGGACUACCUGAUGAAUUUGAUUUCAUAUGCCGUCUCGAUAAACUUUCGACAAUGUGCGAAAUAGAAGAGUCCGACAACCCUUACCAAUCCUCUGUUUCUGUCAGUAUAAAGCAAGAGUUUGGGGCAGAACUGGAAGAUUUUCAAGACGAAAAUCACUACAUCAAAGCAGAAUGUGUUUGUCGAAUCUUUGUUGAUAAUGUAGAGAGAGCAGUCAAAAAGCUAAAUUUAUACGAAUAUCCAAACAUAACUUUAGUUCGAGAAGAAUAUAGCAUAAACCCAAACUGUAAACUUACUUUUCAGUGGAGUGGUUGCGAAUACAAAAAUAUUGAAAUAAACGUGGACAUUGUUCCUGCGCUUCAGAUACCUGGUUGGUGGCCUUCAAAGGCUGAUUUAGAUAAUCUUCCAUUUGAUACAACACAAGUUCAGCAGGAUGGCGCAUUGCUUUUGUUCCACUUAGAGGACGACGAUGCCUGUCCUGAAGGUUUUAAUGCGGUAAUCCUACCAUCAGCGGCCACAGCGGAACGUGCCUACAUGAAACAACUUCCACAGCUUGCUCGUGAUGUAUACAUGGUGUCCAAAAUCCUGUGUAAUGAACGUAUAAGCCCCAGGGUUCUGCUGUCCAAAUACGAACCGAUCUUACAUGAAACUUCAGUUACAGAAAACGUAAUGACUAGUUACAUUCUAAAAAUUGUUUAUUUCAUGUUUUUUCUGAUAACAGAAACUAUAGAGGAACUUCUGGUAAACUACCGGUAUGUCUCCACGACUACGUGUACGAAGUAUUUGAAAAGCUGCACAAAAACAUUAAAACAGAUCUCGCAUCUUUCGUCUUUAACGAAAACAUUUUAUUUCCCAAGUAUGACUACUAUUGUCCUACCUAUGAGAUUGAGAUGCAUUACCAGGAGUAUUAUACAGAGCUCAUACUAUUUCUUCUGCGCAAACCAGACCGCUGGAUAUCAAAAAUCAAAGACUCUGGAGUGCAAAUAUACAAACAUAUCUAGAAAUCAUGCUUUCAGUCACGCUUUGCCGUUAGACAUGUCAGUUGUUUUUGUUUCCACAUGGAGUAACUCAAUUGAUUUUUUCAAUGUUAAAACGUAUAACGUUAUCCUCGAUUAACAUUGCCUUGUAUGUUUUCAUUAAACAAAAAUUCACGCUGUCCCGGAACGUCCUAUUCUUGAACUAAGUGUAAUAAAGUGUAAAAAUAUCUUAUUGUAAAUGAAUCAAGAUACAUUUGUAUCAUCAAUAUCAUUUUACAAUAUAUAUACAUCGCAAUAGAAAAUUAAGAUUUAUAAUCAGUAUCUAUCCGCAGCUAAUAACUCCUGGAAGUAUGGUAUCUCUAUGAUUAACCUAAUCUAGUUUAUGAUCAUUCUGAAUUCAUAAAAUGUUCCAGUGAGCAAAUUAAUGUCUCCUUUAACUUUUCUAACGUCACACGUGCAACCUCGGCAACAUUGUAUGGGGAAAGGUAAUGACUUGAAAUAGAACUUGUUUGUCUAUGUUUGUAUGUAUUUGUCAAAAUUUCAAUCUAAACAUGUGCUGGCCAUACUAUGAAAUAUUAAGAAAUCUUAAAAAUAUAUAUCUUCUAACGUUAUAUACUGUAAUUUUAUUAUUUAUAUUUCAUGUUUUCAUCCUCUCCCCACGAACAUUUGAAAUGAUCACAGAAUGUAUGACAACUUGAGAGGUCCCAAAACGUGUAAUCGAUCAGUUAUCUUUAUAGAUUGUUAUUUAUAGGACAUAUUCUGUCACAUUUCAUAUAUGUA